GAGCCCAAGAGGGAGUCGGCGGCACAAAAUGGCGGCGACGACGGCGACGGCCGGGGCCGGGGCUCCGGGGCCGGCGGCCCCCGCGGCAGCGGCCGGCACGCCGGGCUCCGGGGGCACAGCCCCCGGGUCGCAGGGGGUGCUGAUCGGGGACCGGCUGUACUCCGGGGUGCUCAUCACUCUGGAGAACUGCCUCCUGCCGGACGACAAGCUCCGCUUCACGCCGUCCAUGUCGAGUGGCCUCGACACUGACACGGAGACCGAUCUCCGCGUGGUGGGCUGCGAGCUCAUCCAGGCGGCCGGCAUCCUGCUCCGCCUGCCGCAGGUGGCCAUGGCUACCGGGCAGGUGUUGUUCCAGCGGUUCUUCUACACCAAGUCCUUUGUGAAGCAUUCCAUGGAGCACGUGUCAAUGGCCUGUGUUCACCUGGCCUCCAAGAUAGAAGAGGCUCCAAGACGGAUACGGGAUGUCAUCAACGUGUUUCAUCGCCUUCGACACCUGAGAGAGAAAAAAAAACCUGUGCCUCUACUGUUGGAUCAAGAUUAUGUUAACUUAAAGAAUCAAAUUAUAAAGGCGGAAAGGCGAGUUCUCAAAGAGUUGGGUUUCUGCGUCCACGUGAAGCACCCUCACAAGGUGGGUAUGAGGCCCAGCUGCCACGUGAGCCCACCAGAGUCAUUGCUUCAUUCUCACCUAGAUUGGAAACUGAAAAGGAUUAAAUGUGUCCCUGAUUUGGUUUUCCAGUUUUUAUCUAUA